CCUACCGCCGCUGUUGAGUUACAUUAGCAAGUAUAGCCAUUUAUAUCAAAGGAACGUGGUAUCCGAGGGAAUUGCUGCAACUACUCAGUUUGUUACUUUGGGUAUAUAUCUUUGUGCAACGAGUUAUAACAUGUUGACUUGCAUCAGUCGUUUCACCACCAUUGUGGUGAAUAGGAAGACGUUUGAGAAAGUCAUGCAGCAUCGAAUCGAUUGCUGAGAAUUCAGUGUUCACGACAUCUUUCAAGAAAAUUCUAUGUCCAUUUUCUAAACGAACGAGCCCUGUUGCCUUUUGGAUGCACGUAGCAACAUACACCAAACAGGCCUAAUCAGAGACCUACAUUCCCUGCCUGUGGUCCCGUGCUAAGCACUAAAAGCCAGCCAAUGAUGCUAACCUUCACCACCCCUGAAGCAGAGGACGAAGCCUGUUGCCGGGACUCCCCGCAGAAACCUAGACCUCAAUUCACCCACUCAUGCCUGUGAUCCCUAUCCCUCGGCGAGUGCGCAGCUUCCAUGGCCCCCACACCACCUGCAUGCACUCGGCCUGCGGGCCGGCGCGCACCACCCAGCUUGUGCGCACCAAGUACAACAACUUUGACCUGUACCUGCGCUCGCGCUGCAUGUACGGCUUCCUGCGCUUCCUGCUCUACUUUGGCUGCAGCCUUCUGACCUCCCUCCUCUGGGUGUCGCUGUCUGCUCUCUUCUGCCUGCAGUACGUGAGCGCGCGCCUUUUCCUGCGGCUGCAGUACAAGCUGUCCGUGAUCCUGCUGUUGCUAGGACACCGGCGCUUUGACUUUGGGGUGCUCAACAACCUGUUCAUCUACAGUAUGCAGGUCACAAUGUUCCUGGUGGGAGGCCUGGGCUGGUGCUUCUUGGUGUUUGUGGACAUGUAGUGUCUGGUUACAACAGACCAUGGAUCACUGUUUUAUGCCAAUGUCAGACAUUCACCUGAGUGAUGCACGGCAGCCAUUUUGUACCAAAACGCUACACACAGCAGCAGUUGUGAUGAAGGCGUGAGGAUGACCAGGAAUAAAAGGUGGACAGAUUAUAUAGUGCAGGGAUUCAUGAAAGACCAGACAAUCAUACUUUUUUUCACACACACACAUACACACACAGAAAAGUAUGUGGACAGCCCUUCAAAUGAGUGGAUUUGGCCAUUUCAGGAUCACCCUUCACUGACAGUUGUAUAAAAUCAAGCACACAGCCAUGCAAUCUCCAUACACAAACAUUGGCAGUAGAGUGGCCUUACUGAAGAGCUCAGUUACAUUCAACGUGGCACCAUCAUAGGAUGCCACAUUUCC